AUGGCAAAGAUACAUCUUUAUCUUUAUUUUUGGCUCCUUACACCCACUUUCACUCUUUCCCAAAUACAAACAUUCGUGCCUCCCGGGCAAAAUGGUGUUUCCUAUAGUGUGAACAUACCCGAGACCACCGCGUCCACCGGCGCCGGGCCGAUUUUCUUUCAGCUGAAGUCUACCGCACAGCUUCAGUGGUUUGCAUUUGGCCAAGGCGCUAUAAUGCAAGGAGCAAAUAUCUUCAUCGUUUACGCAUCUAGCGAUGGGAAUAAUGUCACCGUCUCUCCAAGACUGGGAGUGGAGCACGUUAUGCCACUGUAUAACUCCAAAGCUCAAUUAUCGCUCUUGAACAACAGUGGGAUAAGCAAUGGGGUUAUAACAGCAAACAUCCGAUGCGAUAGCUGUAUCACCUGGCCCGGCGGAAGUGAAGAUCUGAGCAGCUCUUCAAGUCCAUGGGUUUGGGCAGUGAAAUAUGGAACCCCACUCAACACGAACAACUUAGCGGCAUCUAUCAUCGAACACGACCUUGAGGGAAUUGCAGCUAUUGACCUGCAGAAAGCAACCGGUGGCACGUCAGACAAUCCGUUUGCGAAUUCGAAUUAUGUGAACACGUCAAGUUCAUCGCAUCCGAUUUCGACAGUUAACACUGGAUCCGUUGAAAGUCGCAGAAAGGCCCAUGCUAUUAUUAUGAUACUGGUUUUCGUCAUAUUCCUCCCUUCAUUUGCCCUGAUGCUUCGUGUUGUCCCAUAUUCGAAGAUCGUCUAUUUUCACGCUGCUUUCCAGCUUUUGACGCUUGCGUUGGCUAUUGCCGGGUUUGGGAUUGGGAUCUCAAUGGCAAGAAGCCUUGGCUUCAUAGGGAUGUAUCAUCCAAUUAUUGGGAUGGUGACUGUCCCUUGCCUUAUCCUUUUCCAACCCGCAAUGGGCUUAAUUCAGCACAGAUAUUUUCGCAGCACUGGGAGCAAAGGUGUAUUUUCUUACAUACAUCGGUGGUUCGGUCGGUGUUUUAUAGUUCUUGGCAUUAUUAACGCCGGUUUAGGCUUUCGCCUAACAGGUAUCGGUCUUCCUAUUGCUCCUGUUGGGGCAGUUAUUGCGUAUGGCGUGGUUGCUGGAAUCGUUGGACUUGUCUAUGCUUUGACUAUCCUGCUUUUGACUCUCAGGAAACGCAGAGUCUCCUCUUCUUAG